UCCUCCUUCUUUCCCGCCUCCUAAGCUGGACGGGUUUGGUUGAGCGGCUGGAGGGGUCCGACGGCUGUAAUUUUGGGACUUUAGGAUCGCCGAGGGGAGUGUGAGUGGCAAACUGAAAACAUCUGGGCCGCUCGCAAGAGGUGAUACUGUUUCUUCCCCAAGGGAAGCUGUCGCUGUGGCGUGAUUGUUUGGUUAUUCCUGUGCUUCUGUUUUUCUCCUGAAGGCUGCUCUGAUCCUGUCUGGCUGGUUGUUUGAGUCACAGUUUCUGCCCCCUCCCCUCCCCUCUCAGUUGUUGGCACAUCAGGUUGCCAUAUUCUGGCAAUGACCAGCAGAGGAGCAACAAGGCCCAAUGGCCAGACUCAGGCCAGCAAGAUCUGUCAGUUUAAACUGGUGUUGCUCGGGGAGUCGGCAGUAGGAAAGUCUAGUCUUGUCCUGCGCUUUGUCAAGGGACAGUUUCAUGAAUAUCAAGAAAGCACGAUUGGGGCGGCCUUUCUCACUCAGUCUGUGUGCUUGGAUGAUACAACAGUAAAAUUUGAGAUCUGGGACACAGCUGGCCAGGAACGAUACCACAGUUUGGCACCCAUGUACUACAGAGGAGCCCAAGCAGCCAUUGUUGUGUAUGACAUCACCAACCAGGAAACAUUUGCACGAGCGAAGACAUGGGUAAAGGAGCUGCAGCGGCAGGCCAGUCCGAACAUUGUAAUUGCACUGUCUGGAAACAAAGCAGAUCUGUCCAAUAAACGAACAGUGGAAUAUGAGGAGGCUCAGGCGUAUGCAGAUGACAAUAGUUUAUUGUUUAUGGAGACGUCAGCUAAGACAGCAAUGAAUGUGAAUGAUCUAUUUCUGGCAAUAGCUAAGAAGCUUCCAAAAAGUGAACCCCAGGCUAGCAGUGGUGCACCAGGGAGAAGUCCAGGAGUUGAUCUUAAUGAACAGCCACAGCAACCCAAGAGUCAAUGCUGCAGCAACUAACAAAGGACACAAACCAUGGUCUGCACUCUUUCCAUGCAUCCUCCUCCUCUUUAGAUGGCAACACAGUUGGUUAUGAAAAUCCUUCUGCACCAUGCUCCACUACCACUAAAAGCAGGACCUUCAACUGUGUGUCUGAUGCACUCUUUAAUGCUUUGAGGAAGAACAAAUCUUCACUUGCUGUGGAACUGAUUAUAAUCUGGGAGUUCAACUUAAAAACUGGUCUUUACUUUGUAUUAUAGAUGCAAAUAUCUUGCAACACUUUUUUUCAUUUCUGCUGUAUAACAGUUUGCAUUUAAUUCUGUUUUUCUUUUGUUUUACAGUUCAGUACAUGUAUACAUUUCACACAGUACCUCACAUCCUUCUAUUUUAAGUAUCAAGUAUUGCAAGAUAAGUCUGAUUUAUAUUUGUAGAAUAUUUUAUGAAAAACAGAUCUUGUAAACGGAACCUUUAACAUUUAAUAAUCUUGAAAUUUUUUAAGCUGCAGUGAUCAGUUUUCUGAAUUUUCUUUUUAAGUUGUGACUCAGUGUCACAGGGACCGCUUCAAAAACAAAAUACUUCCAUUAUGUAACCUCAUUUAAUAUAAAUGCUUUGUCGUGUUUUGCCAUUUUUCUUGAUAAGGGAGUUAUUGCUUCUUACCAGAAUAAUGAUGAGCAGUGUUACACACAGUAGUACCAACUUUAAGUGGCACCUGAUAAAUGUCUCUUAGUUUAAGGUGACAACAUUUUAAAGAAGUAGUGUAAAAGCAACAAACAGAAAAGAUUUGUGCUUUUUAAAAAAUAUGAAACCUAUUUUUCCCCUAAAAGAAAAUAGGUUUUAUUACAUGACUAGAACAGCUGUUAAAAGCCAUGCUUUAUAUGGAAGCAGGUUGCUGUAGAUCAGUCAGUUUUGAUGUACGUUGAGUGUAGGAUAUCAUUGUUCUGACGUGAAGUAUUGGGGAAGUAGCCCUGAGAUAUGCAAAGGAACAGAAUUUGUGUCCACUUAAGUUAUUAUGCCAUUCCAGAAAUUACAUUUUGUGCUAUGAGUGGAUUUUAUUCUCUUGAAUUUGAUUGCUAAGGCUUAGUUACAAAUUUUAGAUAGCAGAUAUAACAGUUUUUGGUUAAAAUUUGUAAUUUGUAAGAGGUCUCUAAAAUGGGGUGAUGUUGCUUCCAGUGGAGAGUUUAGUCUUUACGGCUGCACUUUGUUGCAUACAUACACGGCAAAAUAAUUACCACUCCUAUAUUCUUGUUUUAUGAAGCAUUUGCUUUAUGAUUGAAUAUUCAGACAGAAGUUUUCUGCAUUUAAUUUUGGCCUCGGGCUCAUUUUGUGCUGCAGCCCAAGUUUUGUUGUGGUGCUGGUGGGUUUGGUAGGUGUUUUCUUGAGGUUUGCCAGAUUGUAAGCAGCAGUUUCAUGAAAUGUGUUAUGUGCAUGACUUGUACAUUGUGGUAGAUUUUGACAAAAGUAAUAAUUGACAGGAGAAAGAGAAUUCAAAGAACAUCUGACCAUUUAAUAAGGAGCAGUACUUCAGGAGUCUGAGAGCUGCAGUUAUCUAGAUGCAUUAUCUUUUCUAACUAUGUAUUCCAUGAUUAACUACUUUUCUAGGUCACACUGAGCAGCAGUGGAGUGUAGGUUGCUUGCAGCUCCCCCUCGAACUUUCUGUGAAUAUUUUUUGCUAGUUGGGCAGACCCCCCCCCAAACACACACACACACACACACACACACACACACACACACACACACACAUACAUACAUACAUACAUACAUAACAAGAUCAGUUGACCAAUUAAUUUCAGGGUAGAUUUCAAUGUGAGACUAGCAGCUGUGAUAUGCCAGGAUCUUUUAAAUAUCACAGUUAGUACCCUGGGCCCCACAAGUACAGUUAGUUCAGUGAAAGGGGGAUUGGGCAUCCCUGUGGGAUAUCUGCAGUUGUGCCGUGUAUGUGGUGUAUUGAUCAUUUGUUUAUCUAGGUACUGCUAGCGGUCAGUCCACAAAAUCUUAACAGCUUCCUCGGGUCUUUUGUAAGGAGUAAACCCUUAACCAGUCAGUGCAACACCUCCCAAACCAUCGGAGACAUGCUUUGAUCUGUGAUACAGGCAGGCACCUUCCCCUCUCUCACGUUGCAGAUGCUAUGCUCAUUCUUACUAAAGCUGUAACAGGGCCUUGUAGAAAUCCCUUCUUCUUGCACACACCUACACACUGUUUUAGUAGCCACUUGUGUUCAUAGGCUUGGUUGUUGAAAUGGUAUUUACUAAAAUUUAGAAAGGUAGCUUAUGAAGAAAUCAUUACAGUAGAGUGUUUUGCUGCUUCAUUGUUUGUUCAGUGGGAUAAAGAUUGUGAUUAAAAGGCUUCAGGGAAAAGGUCCAUGCGUUCAAGACAUUAUUACUGUACCAUCUGCAGGGUUUAGAAGUACUGAAUUUAUAAAGAUGGAACAGAAAAAAUGGGAUUAGCUUUGUGUGUGUGUGUGUGUGUGUGUGUGUGUGUGUGUGUGUGUGUGUGUGUGUGUGUGUGUGUGUGUGUGUGUGUGUUACAUGCAGAUGUUAGCCUUAGUGUCUGACUUUGUUAUGCAGUAUGCACUUUGAAAUACUGGAGCAUCUCAUAGGCCAGAUUUACCAGUGGAUCAAUUUUGUCUUGCACACUUUGUUUUGUGCAAUAGUUUUAAAUUCUUUGUUAAAAUUCAGGGACACUGCAGCUUAAAAAAACAGCUGUUUCUUGUAACUUACUUUUAAUCAGAUGUUACUCGAGUCUUUCAUUGUUUCAUUGAAAGUCAUUCUAUGAGCAGUUUACCAGUGUAUGUAAUGUAAGUAAGAAAUACUAAGUAUAAUAUGAUUCUUCUGUUAUUAAUCUGUGUUUAUUUUACUGAGUUAUUUAUGUUAACUCCUCAAAGUUGAACAGGUUUAGGAGCCAUAUUUGAGAAAGGACAGUGAACAUCUGGAAAACUACACCGGGUAGAAGGAUCUGACUGCACCAACAAAAGAAAGAGGCCUUAUUAAGUACUGGUUACAAGGGGUUAAAGUAAAAAGGGGGCAGUAGCAGAGAGAGAGUUUCUUCUAAAGAACAAACCUGGCUGAGUUUUGUACUCAUUCAGAAAGAGAACACUAAUUUGGAUAAUAGUGAUUUGGAUGAGAGUGACUGAGUUUGUGGAGAAUUGAAAAGUCAUUCAGAGAUUAGGUUGACACUGAGCAAGUCUUGAACAAAAAAAUGUGACUAAAGUGGUCUGCAUGGAAUGUUGUUUGUUCUUUAAACUGCUGAUUUGCGAUUGUAAGACUUCAAGUCAGUAGUUGUACAAAGGAAUAUUCAUUGAAUGGGACACACUGCAGCACAGUGAUGUUUUUACUAGAGAGAGUUGCACCCCUUUUUCUCCAAGGCCUUGUGACUUGGAGUUGGUAUACUGAAGACCCUUUGAUUUAUUACCUGUGGUUUUACUAUGGGGGUUUCAGAGAGAAUUUAAACGGUAGUACUGACUCCAACUGAAAUUAAUAAAAGCAAAGUAGAAUUAUUUGGGACGAAGUUUAGGUCCUAUACGUUUCUUAGAUGACAGAUCCUGAACCCUUUAUAAGGCCGCUGUGGUCUUGGGCUAUGAGAGGCAAAAAAAUGUAUGGCUAAGACUUCCUCAACUGUGUUUUAUCUCAUCACAGUAUUUGUUUGGGUAGAGAAUUCUUUCUUUCAAGACAUUAAUGACAAAUAUAUUUGAAUGAUGUUUUCAAAAUGUUGGUUAAAGAGCAACAUGAAGAAAAAGGAUUUGGUAAAUAAAAUGUUGGUGCUGUUCUGUAAUGUCGAACCACUAAAACUCUGUUAUAAUCUGAAAGGGUUAGCACAAUAGUGCAGCAGGCAGUACUGCUUGAUUCCCUGACUUUGUCCUGGCUGCAGUGCCUUCUGUGCGGACUGUUUGUCUUCCUCCUGCCUGUAUACUGGAUUUAACCCACAUUACAAAAGGUGAAUUGAUAAGCCUGUAAAUUGUCUGCUGGUGCAUACUUUUGUGAAUGUCCUGCAGUGGCCUGGCUUCCCAUCCCGGACUGGUUUUGUGACUUGUGCCUGUUAUAUGCCAGAAUUGGCUCCAGGACCUCCACAGCCCUGAGAAUGAUAAAACAAGUUUCAAUAAAUGAGUUGUAGCGUGAAAUGCAAGAUACGUGUGUGUAUACACACACACACACACACACACACACACACACACACACACACACACACACACACACACACACACACACACGUGGAGUCUUGCUGAAUGGUUACAAGGAUCCAGUUUGCCCUUUCAUUCCUGCUGUUGAGGUGAGCCACACCCAUUAGUUCCCUGGAGAGUGUGAAAUCCCCAUGGCAGAUUCAUUCCAUGUCCAUGUCAAGAACCUAAUUGGCUCAAAUACUCUGGGAUGAGAAUCUGAUUUGAGGGGGUGGAACAGUCUGCAGACAUAUGUGAGCAGAUCUAGCACCCUUUUCUGCAUUUGGCCUGAAGGCUAUGUGAUAAUUGUAAUUCAGUAAAGAGCUUGCUGUGCUACGUGACAUUCCUCCCAAGUCAAGUAGUGCAAUUCCCAUGCAGAACAAGCCUUCUGGACUCCUUACUGUGGGCAGUUGUCUACCCUCCAGUAUGCGAUGCUAAUGCAGCAAGUUAAACUGCCUUCCCUUCCCCCAGGAUGAAUGGAUGAGCACCAACCACUUUUUUGUCUGGUAGAAAGGUAAGACAUUUUGCUGCAAUUAAAAGUUCAGCUGAAGUAAA